AUGUCGCUCAAUCUCACCCUCGGCGACUUCGUCGCGACCGCCAGCCUUGCGCAUCAGCUCUACAAGGAUAUAUAUCUUGUCGCACGAGGCGCACCAGAAGAGCUUAAACUCCUCAAAAGUGAAAUCGGCGUCCUUGCGCUCUCUAUCGACUUGCUCACCCAAGAGGUCAAAGAUGAAAAUUCUACACUGGUUCGAGCUGGAGAAACCAGAAUGAGAAUGGUAGAGGAGGUCUUGACGCAGGCCAAUGCCACGCUGAAAGAGCUCGAGGCAUUUGCGAAGAAACAUGACUUUACUGCUUUGGGGUCUAAGGAGAAGGGAAAACGGAUCUGGGACAGAGUCAAAUUUUCGUUGGAAGUGAAGUCGGUGGAUGCGCUGAGGACCAAGAUCACAAGACACAACACAACAAUGAAUCUGCUUCUCACAUCAGCAGGAAACUCAUCACUAGAGCGGAUCGAGCGCCUCAAUGACAGAAUGCUGAACAGUAUUGGCAAUAUUCAAGGCAUGAUUUGCAACCCGAAAUUAAGUGGCAUUACAGAAAAGAGCUAUCAGGCUUUGUUAUCAAAAGCCUUCAUGAAAGAAGCAGAAGUUUCGCGUCGAUGGGUUGCAAUUGGUUUCGAUGAAUGGAUUCAAGCAGGGAGAUGGUGGUUGCUGAAGGCGCAAAGCACCUUGUACACCGAUUCAGAUACGAAGAUCAUUCCACCUCAAGCGUUCGCGGACCUCCUGAAAGCGUCUUUUAUCUUGAUCGACAUCUUUCCUCAACAUCCCCAGAGA